AUGUCGACGCGCGUCGCGCCAGAUCCCAACUCUGCCGGAGGCAAGGGCGACGGCGCGGAGCUUGCCAGCUUCAGCGAUAGCGAGGGAGGCGGCGCGGGCAAGAGCAAAGGCGUCUUCUCGAGCAUCACCGGCGCCAGCGCGACUAUCGGCAAGGCCGCGGCCACCGCGGCGACCACUGUGAAGACCACCGCGGCCACUUCGGCGGCGACCGUAGCAAGCACAGCGGCGACCGCCGCUGCGACCAAUGCGUCCACGGCGGCAGCCGCUGCCGCAGCGACUGCCGCGGCGACCAACGCGGCCACCGUGGCAGCCGCGGGUGCGUCGGCGGCCAGCGCGGCGGUGGGGUCGGUGAAGUCGGCCGCGCAGGACAAGGCGGCGGACCUGGGCGCCAGGGCGAAGGCGAUCGUCGAGAGGUGGGUGAAGCAGCAGAUCCAGGACCUCGCGGCGAGGCUGAUCGAGAAGGUGCCUGGCGCUGUGAAGGAUGCGCUCGACGACGAGGAGAUGCCAGGGGCGUUGAGCAGAGGAAAGGACCGGUUGGUCGAUGCCGUGUGGCCGGACGUGAGGGAUGAGAUCUUGUGGGAGCUGUCGGUGAAACUGGACGGCAGAGCGGAAGACGCAGCUGAGCAGCAGCCUGGCGUGGAUUGCUUCCGGGCGUUCUUCAGGUACCACAUGUUCCCUUACGACAAGAGCCUCUGGAGGAAAAUGCGCGAUCCUUUCUGGGUUCUGUUCCAGCUGAUUCCUCUUGUGCCAGUAGCCGCGGUGAACCCCUUGUGGUUCCUCUUCACCUUUUUGGUGAUGGACAGGGGGGAGGAGUUCCAGCUCGUCAGCUUCAUACUGAGGUUCAAGGGGUACCAGUUCAUCACGCUAGGCCUCAUCCGUUCCACCCUCGGCUUCAUCCUGUUCAUCGGCUGCGUCACCGCCCCGGCGGAAGACGACCAGCAUCAGUGCGAGCACCAUGGCCCGGGCGCCCAGGACAACGUGUGGCUGGCCACGGGAGGCUUUGUCCUCCAAGUUGUCCUGGCGUGGCUUGCGUUUCUCCUGCUGCCGUGCUCGAAGCAGAAGGGCCGCAGCGACCUGCAGGGUGUCAUCGAGGUCGACACCGCCAAGCUCGAGGGCAGUCAUGGCGGCCACCUCCGCUACCUCCUGCUGUUCGACCUUGCGGCGUUCGUGCUGUGUGCGGCCCUCGUGGGAUACACCGUCGCGAUGGCCCCUGGGGGUGACGCGGAGCACUGGACCAUCGAGCACGUCGUCUUCGGCGCGCAGGUGCUGUACGGCUUCUUGUCCUUCCCGUUCUUCUUCUUCACGCUUCCGCUGCUCACGCGGGCGCUGACCCACGCCCUGCCCACGGGCUACGACGGUAAGGGCCGGACCCGGCGCCUUGCGGUGGUCAGGCGCAAGAGGAAGCCGAAUAAGCAGGCGGAGACCGUGAGCCAGAGCAAGGUGGACGAGCUCGUAUCGGAGAUCAAGGCGCUGCUGCCCUUCGGAUCCAGCGCGGGCGCGAAGCAGUAG